UCUCGAACGGAUAAAUUUUGGCAAGUGCCUUUCAGCGUCGACUUCCAUUUGAGAAAGCAAAACUGAUUUCACUGAAAAUCUGCAAAAAAAUUUCUGUUUCCGCGAAACAAUUAUGCAAUUAAUUACCCCUCAUUUCAUACUGGGGAGAAACUGUGCCAACGCCUGCUUCUCAAUUUGUCGUGCUAAUCAAAAUGCAGGGCAACUGCUUCGCGGCGUACGUGAACUUUGCAGCAUUUCGGAAGUCGUGUCAUAAAAAAUGGUGGUCGGCACGUAUAGCAACGAUUCACAAAUCCCCGUCACCCGACUCGAAAUACUUGUGAAAAAAAGAGCGCUGAAGAUAAAUGGCAGUUCUUCUUCUACAGAAGAGAGCAAUGGUGGGGACAACGAGAUUAAGAGCCCUGGACAUGCUAUCUCAGAGAUUCUCGCUGUAGAAAACGGCUCGGAAGGAGCAGGGCCGGGAGCCGUCGGCCAAGAGUCGGAAAAUGGCGACUCAAAGCCUGUCGGGCCAAGAUUGUUGGUGGUUGCUAAUAGGCUUCAAAUCUCUGCAAUAAGAAAAGGUGAAGACUCUUGGGCACUGGAAACAAGUGCAGGAGGUCUAGUGAGCGCUCUUAUGGGUGUGAAUGGUUUUGAUAUACGGUGGAUUGGUUGGCCCGGUGUAAACGUGCCGGACGAGGUUGGGCGCAAGGCUCUUACGAAAGCUCUGGCUGAGAAGAGGUCCAUCCCUGUUUUCCUGGACGGAGAUACCUUUCAUCAGUAUUACAAUGGAUACUGCAACAACAUUUUAUGGCCUCUUUUCCAUUAUCUUGGCCUUCCCAAGGAAGAUCGACUGGACACCACCAGGUCUUUCCAGACACAGUUUGAUGCUUAUAAGAGGGCAAAUCAAUUGUUUGCUGCUGUGGUUUUAGAACACUACAAAGAAGGUGAUAUUAUUUGGUGUCAUGAUUACCAUCUCAUGUUCCUGCCUAAGUACCUGAAGGAAUCUAACAGUGGGAUAAGAGUUGGGUGGUUUCUACAUACUCCUUUCCCAUCUUCUGAGAUCCACCGGACCCUGCCGUCUCGUUCAGAAGUACUCCUUGCUGUUCUAGCUGCUGAUUUGAUUGGUUUCCACACUUAUGACUAUACCAGGCAUUUUUUAAGUGCAUGCACUCGGAUUCUCGGACUCGAAGGCACUCCCGACGGAGUAGAUUAUCAAGGGAGAAUAACUCGUGUGUCUGCUUUCCCAAUUGGAAUAAAUCCCGAGAGGUUCACGCAUUCUCUUGAGAAGCCAAAAGUUCAGGACAUUAUCAAAGACUUGAAAAGAAGAUUUGCUGGAAGAAAGGUAAUGCUUGGCGUGGAUCGCCUUGAUAUGAUCAAAGGAAUUCCUCAAAAGUUACUUGCCUUUGAAAAGUUUCUUGAAGAAAAUCCAGAAUGGCGUGAAAAGGUGGUUUUGAUGCAAAUUGCUGUGCCAACAAGAACAGACGUUCCUAAAUAUCAAAAACUUGCAAGUGAGGUUCAUGAAAUUGUUGGGCGGAUAAAUGGAAGAUUUGGAACCUUGACUACCGUUCCCAUACAUCAUCUGGACCGUUCUAUCAACUUCCUUGAAUUGUGUGCGGUGUAUGCUGUCACUGAUGUCGCACUUGUCACUUCCUUGCGGGAUGGAAUGAACCUUGUCAGCUAUGAGUUUGUGGCAUGUCAAAAUUCCAAUAAAGGGGUUCUCAUACUCAGUGAAUUUGCUGGAGCAGCACAAUCUCUUGGUGCCGGAGCACUUCUUGUAAAUCCUUGGAACAUCACAGAUGUUGCUUCUGCAAUAGAGCAAGCUUUGAAUAUGCCGGCAGAAGAAAGAGAGAAACGGCACCGGAUUAACUUCAAUCAUGUGACAACUCAUACUGCUCAAAUGUGGGCUGAUUUCUUCGUAAGCGAACUCACCCGUACUAUCCUCGAAGCUCAGAGGAGAAUAAGACAAGCAGCACCUCCGCUUGUUAUCAGUGAUGCCAUUGAGCGUUACAUGCAGUCCAAGAAUAGACUAAUUAUUCUGGGCUUUAAUGCUGCGUUAACUGAAACAAUCGAGUCUCCUGGAAAAAGAGGAGAUCAGAUUAAAGAAAUGGAGCUUACACUGCAUCCUGAUGUGAAAGAACCUCUGAGAAUCCUCAGCAGUGAUCCGAACACAACUAUUUUGAUUCUCAGUGGAAGUGACAGAAAGGUCCUGGAUAAUAAAUUCGGGGCGUAUGAUGUGUGGUUGGCGGCUGAGAAUGGAAUAUAUCUAAGAUCAACAAAAGGAGACUGGAUGAUUACAGUGGCAGAGCCAAAUACAGAUUGGAUGGAUGGUGCUAAGCACGUCUUUGCGUACUUCACCGAAAGAACUCCAAGAUCAUGUUUUGAGCUGCGCGAAUAUUCCCUCAUCUGGAACUUUAAAUACUCUAAUACAGAAUUUGGGAGGCUUCAAGCUAGAGUCCUGCUGGAACAUCUCUGGACUGGCCCAAUAUCUAAUUCCAAUGUCGAUGUCAUCCAAGGAAGCCGCUCUGUUGAGGUUCGAGCUUUAGGUAUCACAAAGGGAGUAGCUAUAUGCUCUAUAAUAAGCGAGAUCCACCAUUGCCAGACUACCUCCACCCCAAUAGAUUAUGUCUUGUGCUUGGGUCAUUUCUUAUCAAAGGACGAGGACAUCUACACAUAUUUUGAACCAGAGCCCGGGAGUGCCGGUAGAUCCAAAACACCAGAUGCAAUCAAGCGUCUUCAUUCACUGUGCGAAACUCCAAAGCAAUACUCGCCCUCGGUUACGAAAUCCACUGAAAAACCUUCUUUAAAAGUGUUGGACCUGAAGGCGGAGAACUAUUUUUCUUGCACUGUGGGACGAACUUGCACAAAAGCUCGAUAUAUGCUCAAUUCCUCAGACGAUGUGGCUCACCUUCUGAAGGAGAUGGCAGCAGCUCUUCAAUAGUAUCAUCCUCUCGGACUCUCGGUCUCAGGUAUUAUAUCAACCCUUGCUUUGCUUUCCCCUGAUCCAUCAUCAGUAUGUUUUUUUAUUUUUGGUCAUUUGCAUAUAUAGGAAGAAAAGUGUACAUGCUUGGUUACUUAAUGGACAUUAUAAAGAAAAAUGGACAAGCUACAGAUAUUCAAAAUAAAGUGCUUUAUAUUUUCAUCAAGCUUAUAGAUGUUUAGAGAGUUCGAAAUAGGUUUUGUACUUAGGUUAAAUAUAUAUAAUAAUUCUUGUAAGGUUAUUGGUAGA